AUGAAUAUCUUCAGGUUGCUAGCCGAUUUCUCCCACCUGGCGUCGAUCUUCAUUCUUCUCCAGAAGAUGAAGUCGUCCAGCAGCUGCUCUGGUCUAUCAUUCAAGUCGCAAGUGCUAUACCUGCUGGUUUUCGUCACUCGUUACCUAGAUUCGCUGUACCUCACUACAUUCAAGCUCCUCUUCAUCGGUUCCUCGGGUUAUAUCAUCUACCUCAUGCUCAAUGAUUUCAAGCCAACGCACGACCCGAACCUGGAUACGUUCAAGGUCCAAUAUCUCCUGGGUAUCAGCGCAAUCUUGGCCAUCUUAUUCCCGCACGACUAUCGCCUUUCUGAGAUCCUUUGGACAUUCUCCAUCUGGCUAGAAUCAGUCGCCAUCCUGCCCCAACUAUUCAUGUUACAGCGCACCGGUGAAGCAGACACAAUCACUACACACUAUCUAUUCGCGCUGGGAAUCUACCGCGCUCUUUAUAUCCCCAACUGGAUGUAUCGCUACUUCACUGAGGCUGCUUUCCAACGAUCGUUCCAGCCUGUUCCUAUCGUUGCGGGAAUUAUUCAGACGCUGCUCUAUUCGGAUUUCUUUUACAUCUAUUAUAACAAGGUGCUGAAAGGAAAGAAGUUCUCUCUCCCCGUGUAA